UUCAGGAAACGUGUAAGUUCAGGAAGACUUACAUAAUAUCUACCCCACUUUAUUUCCAUUAAUAGAUACGUACUUAUUCAUUUCCAUUGCCUUGCUUGUCUUCAUGUCAUUAUUUUAGAUUCAAGCGCUACGUGGUAGGGAUCCCCACAUAGUAUCUGACGAUCUUUAUGCAAUAGCUUGUGGGCCUGACCCUUGGGUGGGUUCAUAUUCUGGGUGUAUAAUGAAUGGUAUACGAUUUCAUACACGACUCCGGGAAUUGAGACGUAGGACACAAAAUAGUGGUGUUCUAGUUACAAGUGAGCACCAAUCAAGUAUGGUUGAUUUCUAUGGUGUUCUGAAUGACAUAUUGGAGGUGAGGUACAUGGGUUGGCGGCGUGUGUGGUUAUUUAGUUGCGAUUGGUUUGAUGUUGGCGAUCCAAUUCGAGGGAUCAGGGUUGGUGAGCAUUUCACAAGUGUCAAUCAUAGUAGAACUUGGUAUAAGGAUGAGCCAUUCAUAUUGGCAUGCCAAGCUUCACAAGUAUUUUACCUCAAAGACACGAGAUUUUCUGGUUCUUGGCACAUUGUGCAAAAGAUCACAUAUAGGAAUGUCUAUGACGUUCCACAAUUGGAUCGCCAUGAUGAUGUAGAUGAACCUAGCGAGUCCAAUGUCUUCCAAGAAGAACAAACUCCAGAAGAAGCAGUAGAUGUGGACACCGAGCAUAAUGUCGACAACCCCCAAUGGGUAAGGCCAGAUGUUCAGUCAGCCACGAUAGCCACUACCGCAUUGGCUGGGGGAAGUACUCACAAUGUCAACAACCUGGGUAAUAUCGACGACAUUUCAGAUGAGGAAGAAUUCAAUUCUAGCGAUACCAUGUCUAAUGGAUCAUGUGAGGAGGAAGACCUUGAUGACACCGAUGCGGAGUCUAAUGUUGAAGGCUCUCCGAGUAAUGACACUGAUCGAGGAUGGGAUUCAAGCUAAGAUUCACAAGUUUGUUGGUGGUGUGAUUGGUGAUCGAGUUCAAGGAUGAUGGCAGUAGAUGGAUAAACGAAGAGGAGUUGGAGGACAAAGUCAUGCCGACAUUCUUGGGGAGUACCAUGAAGCAGCUAGAGAGCAAGUUGUUUUAAUUACUACAAUCCCCCAAACUUCUUCAGUACAUGCUGCAUAGCCCCUUACCUUAUUGCCCUCAAAGUUAAAUACUGAUAUAUAUACAUAUAUAUAUAUAUAUCAAGAAUUGGCUAGUGGUUUGUGAUAAAUAGUGCAACGAAAUAUUGUUUAGUAUUUUGAAAUUAUUCAGCCAGAUAUGUGGUGUAAACCCUGGAGGCAUGUUUGCAUCGAAGUGGGGCCAUGAAAUCUGAACGAAGGGGUUAAACAUGUAUGCUUGUUUAUUGUGUGGAAAUGGUGCUGAUCAGUUAUUCGGUAUUAGAUAAUGGAACCCUUCUUUUUUGGAUAUGAA